AGUGUCGGACGGUCGCAUCUACGACGUGCUACGAAACCUCUACGCGUAUACGAAAACAGUGCGGAAAGAUGUGAAUCGAAAAAAACUUAAUUAUUUUUAUCUUUGUCGGACUUUUGUGUGUACAAGAUGGAUUGGAAGGCGUGUGUAUUUCUGUGCGCUUUUUUCACCUGUGUUACUUGUAAUCCAGCUAAAAUAGAUUCAAAACGGGACCACUGCAACAAAACUGUAGAGAUCUAUGAAGAUGUUUCAUCACCUCCUGUGACCGCAGAUAACUUCGGAAGACCGCUCACUUGCACGUAUAGGUUUAGGGCUUUCCGUGGUUCUCCUAAAGAUUGGAUUCUAAGGAUAAGGUUCAAGAAAUUCAAAGUUGGUACAUUGAUAAACGGCACUACGUGUCAUAAAGGUUACAUGCAGAUUGUUGAUGGCAACGCUAAAACAGAUGUAUCAAAUAGAAAGGAGCCAGGAUUGUUUUGCGGCGAGAUCGAACAGCCUCAGACUUUUAUAUCGGAAACGAAUUUCGUCAAAAUAGUUUUCCACGCCGACAAUUUUACUGACCAGACGUAUUUUAGUUUCGAUUCAAGAGCGGAACAGCAGUUCGAAGUUUAUUUGCGUUACGGUCAACAUCCUGAGUUGUAUCCAAAUAGAAGAGGAGAAGUUGUUGCUGGAUCUUACUGCGAACGUGUAUUUCGGGAUUGUCGGCUUCAGACGUGUUAUGUACAAUCCGCUGCCUACCCCGGAGUGUACCCGAGAAAUCUUCAUUGCAGAUACCACCUGAACACACGGCUGCCCUACAUAAAGCUGUACAUAGAAAAUGAAGAGUUUAAUAUAGACGGGCAGCGCUGCGAGAACAUAAUGACGUGCCCCAUGAGACCAAUAACUUCAGGAUCAGAAAAUUGUCCUUACGACUAUAUAAGAAUCUACGAUGGAAAGGAUGAGUCAGCGUCUGUGAUCGGUACAUUCUGCGGCAUGGGAAAGUUUCCGUAUUCAAUUAUUGGCACUUCCCAGGAUUUGUUCGUGGAGUUUGUCAGCUCGCCAGCAGGUCCUUUACUUAAUACUGGAUUUCACUUCAACGUGGGCAACUGGCCGGGUCACGUGGAGGCGCCCGGCUCACGAGUCGGCACUUGUGACUGGCUGCUCACUGCUGAGUCUUUAAAAAAGUCGGGAGAUACGGAGGGGAUAUUUCUAUCAGUGGCCCACUGGUAUCCACCGCACACAUCUUGUACCUAUCUCAUGCAAGGAUUCCCCGGGCAAGUGGUGAGGUUAUACUUUCCAAGCUUCCGCAUUAACCGUAUAGAAUCACCAAUAGUUCCAUGGAAUGGUGACUGUGGAGAAUCUCUUACACUGUACGAUGCCCCUCGACCCGAUGAUGCGCGGAUCAUCAAAACAUUUUGUGACACAUUCAGCCGACCAAUGGAGAAACACGACUUUGUUUCCACAGGCAAUGCAAUGUUUGUACGAUUUGAGAGCAAAACUGGAAGCUAUAGCGGGUCGUCGCUUUACUACUGGGCACAUUACGACUUCUUCAACAACACACGUUUCGGUGAGCCCGUACAAGGAACUGCCUGUGACGAAGUAAUAGCUUCAUGGAAACAAAGAGCUGGUCGUCUCAGAUCACCUCUCAAUACUCUUGUGUAUAAACAAGCACCGCCUGGUGAAGAUGUACACUGUCUAUACAGAUUCGUUACCGAUAAGAGAAUAUUCGCCAGAGUAAUACUAACAAUACUCAGUGUUAAUUUUAAGGAACAUCCCUAUACUGCAGUGUCCUGUCAAAAUUGCUACGAAGAUCGAGCUGAUAAACUAAUAAUUUGGGAGCCACACCCAGGUGGUAGAGUUGUGAAUACGUCAAGCGGUUUCAGUACCACACCUCUACCACUUCAUUUAGCUGUGCAGCGAUCACUCGGCUCAUGUCUUUGUGCUAAACACGCUAACACAGUGUCCAGAGCCAGACCGUAUAGAGUUGUAUCAUCUGGAGAGUCUUUAAAUUUGCAAUUGAUUGUUGACAACGCUCACGCAGCGGCUUCCUAUUUCAAAAAUCCUUCACCAUUAUUUGAAGCUCGUUAUGAAUUUGUACACGGACCACUCUGCGGACCAGCUGUACUAGCUGCCGCUUUAGAUGGAGAAAUUGUAUAUCCACAUUUAGAAGCCUUAGGCUACACUGAACCUCCGAAAAGAAUUCAAUGUAUAUGGGAUUUAGAAAUCGAAGAGAAACGUGAUAUUUGGUUACAUUUUGAUAGUAUCAAAUUUGCAUCUCGACACUGUGACGACGGUAACAUUCAGAUCUAUUUGCCAGGAAGAAUUGAACCGUAUCUCUCAAUUUGUGGUGAAAACGUAUCAUUAGCGCGAGAAUUGCCUAUACUUUCAGCUGGAGAAUUAGGAUUUGAAUCCUUAGACGAUCCUUUGGUUAUAGAAAAAGAAAAAACUAGAUCGAUACGAAUCGUAUUUAUCGGCAGUGCCUCACCAGCAAGGGCUGCAUUCAAAAUUGCAUGGACCGGUUUAUACCAUUUGCCUAAAAACUCGGAUGGUACUUUGAUGACAUCACGGCUAACAGAUGGUGGUAGUAAAUCUAAUUCAGGUCAAGGUUGUGAUUUUAUCUGUCCAGGAGACGAGGCACUUUGCAUUCCAGCAAGAUUGAUAUGUAACGGUGUGGUGAAUUGUCCAAACGUUACAACCACUGAGAGGAAAUUCUGGAGUGCAGAAGACAAGAGAGCAAGAGAAUCUUAUUCUGAAGAUAGUUUGCGUAGGCUUGGAUAUCUUGACGCGAUAGGUGGAAUACCUUUUGGGCAGUUGCACGAUGAGGCUCCUGAGCUUUGCGCGGGUGCUAGAAGUGCUAUAGGGGGAGAUUGGUUGGCGCCUGCGUUGGGUGCAGGUUUGGCGAUCGCUUUAGCCAUCUGUGCGCUGGGUGCAGCUUGGCGGCUAUGCUGCCGCAAACGAUCUCCCGAUGAGGAAUCCCUGGAUUACUGACACGCGGCCCGCGGCGCCCCACACGCGCCGCCCUCUCUGCGCUCCCGCUCCGCAUCCAGGGACUUUGGACUGGACUGGAGUCUCCAUUGACAGACACCCUACUGAGCGCCACAACCCUCCUUCGUUGAUUACUAGAAUUAAAUCUAACAUUUUAUACAAUUGCAUUGAAUAACAGUAUUACCUAGCGUGUAAAGUUGUUUUGUACAUAUUAAAUAUACUAAAAAUAACUAGGGUAUUUUGUAAGAAAAGGCAUAAAGUAAUGCUUAAUUUUACCACGUACCUUAUCUGUUAGCAACGCGUUUGUUUGAAAUAAAACGGUGAGUAUAAAUUGUUGUACAAGUGAUUGUUAUUCCUUAUUGUAAAUUUUGUAAAGAACAAAAUUGUCAUUUAAAUUCAUUCAAACGUUUGGAGGAAGUGAUAACAAAAUAUGGCGUUCAAUUCGUUGUUACGUAUAAUAAGUGUAUAUAUCCGAUAUUUGUUCUUUGUCUAAUGGAUGCUUGAAAACGAACGAUCAUAGGUUUAGUACAAGGUGAUAGUAGCCGUAUAAUUAACGAAGUAACUAUCUUAUUAAUGUUACUAUAGGCUAUAGAAUUUAUAAGCACAAUUUAUAUAAAACGAUUU